AUGUCUCUGCAACUAUUCAAAAGGAAACUCCCUGCAAAAUGCAAGGAUCCAAGUAUGUUCACUAUCCCUUGCACGAUAGGUGACACUAAGUUUGAAAAGGCUAUGCUAGACUUAGGAGCUUCUAUAAAUAUCAUGCCAUAUUCCAUGUAUACUUCUUUGAAAUUGGGGCCCUUAGUUAAAACUAGUGUAGUCAUUCAAUUAGCUGAUAGAUCAAAUGCCUAUCAUAGGGGAGUGAUUGAGCAUGUCCUUGUAAAGGUUAAUGAAUUGGUUUUUCCUGCUGAUUUUUAUGUGCUUGACAUGGAAAAUAGUGAUCAAGCUAGUCCCAUCUUGUUAGGAGGUAAUCAUGUUGAAAAGGAGAGUGGGGAAUUGACUUGGAGUCCUGAAUUGAAAGAAACUGUUGCAGCAUUGAACAGUCUUCCAAAGUUACAACAAACAUGUAAUAAUUCAUUACCAAAUUCUAAUGAAAAACCCCUCCUUUCUGUUUUACAGGCUCCUACUCCAGAUUUGAAAUCUCUUCCCAAUCACCUCUAA